UCAUGAAUACUCAAUAGACCCGGAAGUGGGGCGGUACUGCUGUUUUGCUGUCGAGUCACCUCUGUUAGGAUGGAGGAAAACGAGCUGCUAUCAUGCUGAAAAACGAAGGAUCCAGACAACCAAGCAUCAUCAACCAGGAUAGUUGGGCAUAAGUCACCGUUUAUCUUGACUGCGGUAUUGUUUUUUGUAACGCUUUGCCAAAAUGAUGGAAGAAAUAGACCGGUUCCAAGUACCUCCAGUCAACGGAGAGACACAGCCUUUGGAUCCAGUGGCAUCCUCCACCUCAGAGACAGACCCUGAAACCAAGGGAGAGACUAUGGCCAUGAACUACAAGCCCUCACCACUGCAAGUCCAAAUAGAGAAACAGAGGGACCUUGCCAGGAAGGGAUCAGUGAAGAAUGGCACUGUGGGGAGUCCUGUCAAUCAACAACCCAAGAAGAAUUCCAGGACAAGGUUGGUGGUACCAAACAAAGGCUACUCCUCUUUAGACCAGAACCCAGAUGAGAAGCCCCUGGUAGCACUGGACACUGACAGUGAUGAUGACUUCGACAUGUCCAGAUACUCCUCAUCAGGAUACUCCUCAGCCGAGGUGAGAUGUCUGAGGGACCAGCAGAUCAACCAGGACCUGAACAUCCAGCUCCUGAAGGAUGGUUACCGGCUCGAUGAGAUACCGGAUGACGAGGACCUGGAUCUGAUCCCCCCUAAAGCAGUCAACCCCACCUGCAUGUGCUGCCAGGCUGCUCCCUCCACAGCCUGUCAAAUUCAGUAGCAACCCCCCCCCCCCCCCUGCCAAAAAAAAAAAAAAAAAAAGCAACAACAAAACAACUACUGACCAGUGGCAGAAAGGAGGAAAAACUAUCGACUGGCAAUGGCACAAAGGGAAAUUAAGAAAUGGAGAUAGGUCAAGUCUUGAGAAAAGAGUCAAUAUGUACAGUAUCUGUGCACGUUCCUCCUAUGGCAGGAUCUGUGCAUCCUACUUGAUUGAUGGCAGAAACAUUACCUCUAAGGAAAACAUGUUACUUUUGCUUCUUCUUCGUUUGACUUCCAUUUCAUGCUUGGGAAUAUUUUUGGUUUACAAGGACAAUGAGAGAUUGUGCGACACUGUGGAAGAAGGCAAACAAAAUCAGUUGACUGAAACAUAUACAUGAAUUGGUGACAAGGUUAUCCAUUGAAUCUACUUCUUCUACUCAUGUGUCAUUGACGGUCAGCUUCGAUAGACAAGAAGAGAUUGGGAGUUUUGUAGUGGCCAUUUUUAUGUUCUCUCUUCAUCAUUUUUUUCGGCCAGUCUGCUUUGUCCUUCGAUGUGUAUAUACAGUAUGUGUCAAACAUGAAAAUGACAUGUGUGUGUGUCUAAAUAUGUCCAAGAAAGUAGUGCUAAACCGUCAUGCAGCUGACGAAACACUAAUGCUUACACUCACAACACUAAGUUUUCCAAUUUUCUUUUUCAAGUUUUUCUGUAAGAGUACACCAUGGUUGUACUGCUUUUAUUAUUUCAAAUUUAGUUAAAAGAAGCUAAAACAAAUAGUUUUGCAUGUUGCCUGUUAACACUGUGUCCAAAUGACCCGUCUGUUCAGAUGAUUAAUCAGUUUUCAUUGAAAUCGAAACACAUCCUUGUGCCGAUGAGACCAUUGUGUGAGGCGUUCUUUUAAAAACAUCAAGUUAGUAAUGUUUAGGUUCACCCACUGUAAUAUCAGUAGAUAUAGAGAAACUAUUAUUAGAAAAUGCUCAUGAGUUAGUGCGCACUUUCUUUGUGUUUGUCCAUGUUAGUCUCAACGUGAGUGGGUGUGUACAAGGAGCACAAAGCGGUCAUCACCAGUGAAUGUGGUUACAAAGUAAUAAUAAGUGGUUUAGAAUACGUGCAAAUACAUAGAAAGUUGUGCAUAUUUGGCCAUACCUGUUAUGGGUUCUGAAGAACCUAUAAAGUGAUUCCAUAUUGCCUGGAUGGAAAUGAAAUAGGAUUUUUGUUUUCAUAAAAAGACGAAGUUUUGUUUGAAGUGUAUUUGGUUUUUAUGGUUGUACAUCUGCACAUAUUCCCCCUGAGUUUUAAUAUAACCAGUUUGUCUGAACUGAUUUGGGGACAAGAACUGUGUAUGUAGCACCGGACACAGCUGUGUAUUGUCAAUGCUUUAUGCCAAUGGAUGUUUCCCAUAAUGUUGAAAAGGAAGUAGUCCUUGUCAUUAGGAAGAACUGAAUGCAUACUGUCUUCUUGUCAUGUUUACAUCUCUACAAACAUCUCUAGAGCUCUACAGACAUCUAUAUUCUAGUAGAUGAUGGUCAAAGUCACUUGCAUGUGUAUCUCCUCUGAAACAAAUGACGGUAGAAGAUCAGACUGGGUUUCCCAAAAACAUAAAACAUUGUGACUAUUAUGACACCUGAAAAACAUUUUUUAUUCAACAUAACUUAAAUCUAGAUAAGCAUUUAUAUCUGGUAAUAUAACUGCAGCAGCAAGUAUGUGUGCACUUUACUAUGUUGUUGUAUUCUGUUAUGGUAAUGUUAACGGAUAUUCUUUUGACUCACGUUCAAAGGAUUUGACAUCUAGGUGUGAAAUUACUUCUGAAAUACUGUGCGCAUCAACUAUUAACAAUCUUAUCUUUAUUAUCUUAAUGGAUAUGUUGCAGUGUUUUGGGGAACUUUGCAUUAAUCACGCUCUGCUGAUUUUGUUAGCACGUUUAUAACUUGGUGGUUUUUAAUUUUUCUGAAAAUCCAUGUAAUAACGACUGCAGCAAAAGAUAGUGUGUAAUGUAUGAAUCCAAAUGACUGCAUCUCUUCGAUGGGAGUGUUUGAAGAGGUGCCAGCUCUGCAAGCAUAUAUGUAAGCAUGGUCAAGAAAGAGGCUUGUUUUUGCUUUGGUCAAAGGAAUGAAUGAAUAUACCAUAUGUGGAUAGCAAACUGAACUAAAGCUAUUUGGAAAGAACAAAAUCCUAAGUGUACCCUGUAAGAGGGAAUCUCCUUUUUGUAACACUGAUAUACUGUACCUGAUGCAGCCUCAAUGUCUCUGCAGCAUUUGAGCUAGAAAAGUAAACACGCAUAACAAUAUCCUUUUUAAGUAAGGUGCCAUCUGUGUAGAUAGUAAGUAGAAAAAAUACAUGAAUAGUACAGUAGGUCAGGAAAUAUGUCACUAAUGGAGCUACUAGCUAAAGUGUAUAUUGGACCAGUAGCUUUACAGUUAACAUUGGCAUUGAGAGACUUACUUUCUGAUUGACUAUGGUGCUGAUUUUUGUCUUCUGUCAUUAACAUCAUCCUAAUAGAUACACUCACAAACACACAAACACACACACACACACACACACACACACACACACACACGUGUGGACUACCGGCGUCCAACGUCGUCUCACUUGAGACGUAGCUUCACUAAUCUUUUGAGUUCAGACUCUAAAAUAAUGCAUUGUAACAGAAGGUAUUUAUUUGCAGUUGUGUGUUUUUAAUUUAUUUUUAAAGAAUGGAAAAUAGUUCAUUUGCAGCCAGAUGUUUUUUUUGUCAGGUGCUUAUUAAGAUUGUGAACUGGUUCCAUUUAGAUUUUAACAGUGUCAAAGUUCUGUGUAUAGUGCAACAUAUCAAAAAAUAAAUAUUAGAUACCUGA